GAUGUUCGUGGCGAUGAAAUCUCCCAUUUUUCAAAGGCGCUUGACCACGAUCACAACAGACCUUAGAUCGCUCCCUCUGCCCUCGUUCACUCGAUUACCAUCUCCCAACGUGGGCGCCUGCUGAUCCCUCGACGUUGCUCAAGUCGACACCCGUCUGCGAAGCGUGGGCUGGAUCGGAUUUGUUGCACCGGGGGCUUGGCUCUCGCUCCCAGUCUUCAUUUUUGCUAGCUGCAGCAGCUCGACCGUGAGGGCUACUUCCGCCAACUACACUUCCGGCAGCUCACUUGCGAACCCUAUCUGCAGCCUUUUCAAGUCUUCCGCCCCCUUGCUGAUUCCGCGCACCACUGCGAUUUCGUAGGAUUCGAGUCAAGAAGACGACGCAGCAACACCAUCCACUUGCACACCCAUCAUGUCUAGCAGCAUGAACACGACGCUCAACAGGCUCAACAGCGUCACUGCUUAUGCCACAACUGUCCUCUUGGCAGUGCUGAGCAUCGUGGCUUACUCGGCUUACCCCCUGAAUCCCAAGCCGGAUCCGAAUGCCUUCUUGAAGGUGGACCAAUUGGAGGUCGUGAGAGCAAGAGCGACAUGGCAUUCGGAUCGCAGGCUGCAAGAUUAUCUAAAGGUCCAAUUCUCAGCCGAGCUGGAUCUGCGUCCUCUCUUCACUUGGAACACAAAGCAGAUCUUCUUGAGCUUAUCCGCCCACUACGCUUCUCGAGCAAGCGAGGACAAUAGGAUCGUCAUUUGGGACAGGAUCAUCAGGAGAAAAGAGGACAGCAGGAUCUUUAUCGAAGAUGCCGUCAAUCGAUACGCUUUCAGAGAAGUCAGCACCAGCUUUGCCAACGUCAAUUCUACGUACUUUACGCUGCACUGGAACGUCAUGCCCUACGUCGGUGUUCUCGCAUACGGAGACGAGCUUUCGACAGCGCAGCUACCCGUGCCCAAGCGCAUCGAGGGCGAUUCGAAGAAUGAGGAGAGGGUGUGGUACUGAAGGGAGAAGCAGACAGGGCAGAAAUCACAUCGAGUCAUCCCUGGCGUGGGCCAUCCGACCGCAGGUGUGAGCAAGCAGUCACCAGUCAAGAGUUCUUGAGGCAGGAGCCUGAGCAAGAUCGAUGGUCACAAAGUCAAGUGGUAGUCACGUUAAUGCGAAUCUCGUCGCCAAUCAUUACAUACACCUCGCUGUGGCGUGUCGUCGUUCACUUUGAGCGAUGCGUAUCCCAGAAAAGGAGAUGCACGGCAGCAAGCCUCACUCUGAUAGGUUUCGGGAGAAGAUGUUGGCAUUGCAGCUCGUACACGUGCUACCUGCCCUUGGCGACCUCUUCAGGAGUUUUGGUCCUCAGGCUCAACGCGUGCAGACCCCUCUCGAACUCGGGGGCCAUG